AUGCAGGGCGUCAGGGGCCGCGCGGAGGGCGCGUUCGACGCGCAGCGUCCCGGGAACCGAGAAGAGGCGGCGCCGCCCUCCAAUGGGGCGCGGGAGCUCGUCCGUGUGGUGGCCGCCGGAGCUGACGCGGGUGGCGGGUGGUGGCGGUCGGAGCAGCAGGCGGGCAGCAGCAGCUGGUGGCGGCUCAGCGGGGGAGGAGUCGCGGGUAGCAGCAGGUGGUGGCGGCUCGGCGGGGGAGGAGGCAGGCGCAGCAGCAGGUGGUGGCGGCUCGGCGGGGGACGAGGCGAGGCAGCAGCGGCGUGGGCGGCGACGGCGGCGUGCGCACAAGCAGCGGGCCGCGGCCGGGGGCGAGCCGUAGUCCGGGGUGAGCAGGAGCGGCCUAGGCGGCGGCGGCCUGCGCGCAGCAGAGCGGGCCGCGGCCGGGGCGUGCAGCAGGCCGGGGCGAGCAGCUGGCGGGUGGUGGCGGCCGGAGCUGAUGGUGGUGGGAGGGGCGAGGCCGGCGGCGGCAGCGCGAGUGGGAGGGGGCGUGCGUUCUAG